UAUCCCCGUAAAUGUUCCCUUGAAAGUUUUUUUGUAUUUAUUUUCACGAAAUGGAAAAUUAUUCACGAAACUUAAACGAAAAUAUAACGUAUUAACCUAUGGUACCGUACAUUAAAAUAAAACAAAAUGGCCAGUCAGGAAAUUGAAUUUGAUCAAUUCAGUGAUCCUAACAACCCGCGUAAAAUAAAAUUUGAAGACAUCGUAGCUGCUGCUAGGAGAAUAUCAGGAUAUGUUGAUCGUACACCAUGCUUGAGAGCGCAUAUGUCAUCGAGACUGGGCAUGGAAGUGUUUUUAAAGGCAGAAUCUAUGCAACACACAGGAUGCUUUAAGGAACGUGGAGUGCUAAACGCUUUGACACAACUUAAUGUUGACCAGAAGAGAAUCGGAGUGAUCUCAGCAUCUAUUGGUAACUAUGGUAUAGCUUUGAGUUGUGUUGCUACAAAAAUGAGCAUACCUUGCAUCGUGGUGAUGCCUAUAAAUACUCCAACCAACAAGAUUAGCAAGGCUCGAGAAUAUGGGGCAAAAGUUAUGCUUCACGGCACCAAUAUGCAAGAUGCCAUCAUGCAAGCAAAGUUGUUACGGAAAGAUAAAAAGAUGCUUUAUAUUAAUGG